AUGUCCAUCCACGCCAACGGCAAAACCCCGACCCACCCCUUCAGCCAAUCCCCCUUCCGCACCCGCGCCGACCUCCAACAAGCCUGCGAAGCCCUCCUCGCCCCCCUCGUCGCCCGCUUCACUCCAGAAUGCAGCCGCGUGAAGAUCGGCUCCUCGACCACCCGCUUCGACGAAGGCGGCGCCCAGAUCGAGGGCUUCGCCCGCCCGCUCUGGGGCCUGGGGUCGCUCCUCGCUGGCGGGUACGACUACCCCGAUGCGGAGCGCUGGCGCGAUGGUCUGAUCGCCGGGACGGACCCCGAGAGUCCGGAGUUCUGGGGCGCGAUUGAGGAUAUGGAUCAGCGGAUGGUGGAGAUGGCUCCGUUGGGGUUCACGCUUGCGGUUGCGAACCGUGUCUUUUGGGAUCCGUUGACGGAGAGGCAGAGGGGGAAUGUGACCAGGUGGUUGAAUAGUAUUAAUGAUAAGGAGAUGCCGAAUACGAAUUGGCUUUGGUUCCGCGUGUUUGCCAAUCUGGGACUUCGCAGCAAUGGAGCGCCCUACUCUCAUAGUAGGAUCGAGCGGGAUAUGGAUCAUCUUGAUUCUUUCUAUGUGGGCGGGGGCUGGAGCAAUGAUGGGCCGAAGAGCCAUCAUCAAAUGGACUAUUACUCUGGGUCGUUUGCCAUCCAGUUCCUGCAGUUGCUGUACGCCAAGCUGGCCGGGGACUUCGAUCAGCCGCGCGCAGAACGAUACCGUGAUAGGGCGCAAGAGUUUGCCAAAGACUUUGUGUACUACUUUGAUCCCGAUGGGAAGGCCAUCCCGUUCGGUCGCUCAAUGACUUACCGCUUCGCCAUGGUGGGAUUCUGGGGCGCCCUGGCCUUCGCAGACGUCGAGCUACCAGCCCCGCUCACCUGGGGCGUGGUAAAGGGUCUCCUGCUGCGGCAUUUCAGAUGGUGGGCCACGCAAGACGACAUGUUCAACACAGAUGGCACGCUCAACCUCGGCUUCUCGUAUGCGAACAUGUACCUCACGGAGAACUACAACUCGCCCGGCUCGCCCUACUGGUGCUGUCUCUCCUUUGUACCUUUGGCACUGCCGGAGUCGCACCCGUUCUGGACAGCCCCUGAAGAGCCCUACCCCAGCGCUGCUCUCUCCCCCAUAAAAGCCCUCGAGUACCCCAAGCACAUCGUCGUCCACCGCGGCGGACACUCGUUUCUCCUGUCCUCCGGCCAGGCAUGCCACUACCCGCUCAGAGCGACCCAAGCCAAGUACGGCAAAUUCGCCUACAGCGCGAGCUUCGGGUACUCCGUCCCGACGGGGGGCUAUCAGCUGGAGCAGCACGCUCCAGACAGCAUGUUAGCGCUGUCCGACGACGACGGCGAUAUCUGGCAGACGCGGCGGGUGGCGCUAGACGCGCGCAUCGAGUGGCAUGACGACGUGCCCACGCUAGUCUCCGGAUGGAAACCGUGGUCCGACGUCGAGGUCGAGAGCUACUUGAUCCCGCCGAACGACGGGCACGACAACUGGCAUAUUCGCGCGCACCGCGUGCGCACCGCACGCAAGCUGAUGACCUCCGAGGGUGCGUUCGCGAUCUACGGCUGUCGCAGCGACAAUGGCAGAUUCUUAGGGCCGUUCGAGGAGAAAUUGGGAGAGGGGACGCUGCAGGAGGGCCAGAGAGCGUUGACUGUGUCUUCUGUUGGUGCUGUGGGCAUCGUAGAGCUUCAGGCGGCUGUUGAGCGCGCGGGGAGGGUCGUCCUCGCGGAUCCGAAUUCGAAUAUCAUGUAUGGACGUACUCUGCUGCCUUCGUUGGGCGCCGAUCUGGCCCCGGGUGAUCAGAGGUGGUUUGUGACUGCGGUUUUUGCGUAUCCGGCGCAAGGGGAGGCGGAUGGUUGGCGAGAGGGUUGGAGACAGCCCCCUUCGAUGCCGCAGUGGCUUGAGAAUUUGGAAUCCGUGGGCCCCAGGUCAAGGAAGGAUGCGACGCAGCGGGGGCGCCGUCGUUUCCUAUCGCUUGGAUGGAUCACCACCGGGCCAUGGUGGCAUCGCUCCAGCUACCUCGGCGCCCUCCUCUUCAACAUCGGCGCAUUCAUCCUCCCCGCCCUCUAUGGCACCCUCGUCAAGCUCUGGGUAGCAGACAUCGACUCCUCCCUCGUCGCCACAACCGACGUCUACACCUACAUCGGCGUCGUAGCAGAAGUCCUCAACGAGGGCCUCCCCCGCGCCGUAUGGGUAACAAUCGCCAACCGCGAGGCCCGAUCACUCGAGUCGCGCCUCGGCCUAGCACACACCCUCAUCCUCUUCCAGUCCCUAUUAGGCGCAAUAAUGAGCAUCGUCUUCGCGGCCUCAGCAGCCCAAUUCGCCGCAGCCUUCGUCCCGCAUAACGUUCGCGACGCUAGCAUCACCUAUGUGCGCGUCCUCGCCUUCACGGCCCUCAGCUCAGCCGUCGAGGUCGCCGUCUCGAACGCUACCCGCGCCCUCGAUAAGCCUGAUAUCCCGCUCUUGAUCAGCUCCGUUAAGGUGCUUGUCAAUAUCGUCUUGGAUCUGCUGGUCAUCUCCCGCUUCCAUGUUGGCUCCUGGACCCCGACUAUCAAUAUGCAGGCUGGGAUCCGGCUAGGCUGCGAUAUGGUCGCUGCGUUCGCGGGCCUCGCCUAUUUCGUCUUGUCAACCAGUCUCCGCCGCCAUCAUUGGCACGGCACGUGGUCCUGGGGGGGUAAGACCCCCUCCUUUGAGGCCUUCCUGGUGCUUUUGAAGCCUGGCGUUCUGACCCUGGUUGAAUCUGCUGUCCGCAAUGCGCUUUACCUCUGGCUUGUCUCUGGCAUCGUGGCCCUGUCGCCUGAUUACGCUACGGCCUGGAGCGUCUUCACUACCAUCCGGUGGGGUCUCGUCAUGGUGCCUGUUCAAGCUCUGGAAGCUACUUCGCUAGCCUUCGUAGGCCACGCCUGGGGACAGUGGAAGGCCGAAAAGUCCACGACCGGAAGGGCUCGUACCUCCUGGGACGACAUUUACACAAUAACCCGCCCAGCCCUCCUCUCCGCCCUCAUAGCCACCUUAAUUGAAACCCCGCUCUGCAUCAUCCUCUCCUUCACCGGCUGCAAAUCCUUCGCCUUCUUCCUCAGCCACUCCGCAACAGUUGCAGAGAUCACAGCUCACAUGUGGCGCACCAUCGACUGGUGCUACAUCCUGUACGCGAUCUCCACUCAGCUGGUGACGGUGCUGUUGGCAACGCGCCCGUCGUGGUAUCUGGGCCAGUCGCUCGUCUCGAAUCUCUGCUAUGUGUUGCCUUGGGCGAUUGUGUGCCAGGUAGUGGAGUUGAAUCCCGGGAAUGCGUGGACGUAUCAUGGGUUGACAGCACUGUUGAUUUAG